AAAUUAAAGAAGAACACGAUGCACCCAAAUUAUUCGUAAAGCGCACAAAAUUCACCCAUCAGAACCUGAAAUUGGAUUCGAAAUUAAUGAUGGAAGAAACCCUAGAACGCCACACGAAAUCAAUAGUUGCACCAAUCAUCUUCAUUUUCGUCUUCACUCUCCAGUUAUUCGACAAGUAUUUAGCACAUUUGAAGAAUAAAGCGUCCGUAAGUGAGAAGGAUGCGCAAUUACGUGCCGAAAUCAAGCAACUGUCAAAGGAGGCAGCCGCUUUAUCAGAGCCUUCAACAUUUGCUCAAUCUGCAAAGCUUAGGAGAAUGGCAGCCGCUAAGGAGAGAGAGCUUGCAAAAAGCCAAGAGUCAGCCAGCAAGGAGAUAAAAACAUCAAUCGUCCUGUAUGAGAAAACGCUGAUGAUUUCAAAGAUUCUUACAUAUCUUAUAUUCAUCGUGUACUUUUGGCGGAUUCCUGUGGCUGCCAUAUCCAAAGAACUUGUGCAACCCUUUGGGAGAUUUUUAUCCUGGAAAACUGGGGGUUCUGUCAACGACAGUGUAAUGGUUGGAGUGAUACCUUGGUUGAUACUAUCCAACAGGGUCGGCAAAUAUUUUAGCAAUAAAGUCUUCAAGUAGACUUCAUUCAAAAAGAUUAUGGUAAUUUUCUGGAUUUUAAUUAACUGGAUACAAAGAGGAGAUCAGAAACUGUGCUCGGGUGGUUUCGUAACUGUUGCCUAAAGGAUAUCUGAAAAUGAAACAGUUUUACGUUAUCGUUGUGUUAUGUUUUCUUUUCUUAUAGAGUCAAUGUGACAGUUUGAUAUGCGUAUCAGUUUCUGUUUGUAUACGAUUUUUUUUUUAUAUAUUCGAGUUUAGAAUUGUAUAUCCAUGUAUGCUGGCUAAUGCGUGUUAUAUGUACAUGACACCGGUAUAUCUUUUUCUGA